GAUUCGGCCGCGAGGAGGACGUCGCCUUCACUGUUGUAGAGCUGCUGAGCGAGCUGGGGCAGACAACGGCGGAAUUCGGCCGUGGCUCUGCACUUCUUCGCCACCGGGAACUAGGGGCGGGUGACACGUCCUGACUGCAUCGACGAUUGUGCGUUGCCCUCGCCCAUUCGUUUCAAAACGGUAUCGGACCCUAUUGACACCUAAUGCGUUCAUUUGAUGGAACAUUCCACCAACAAGCGUAGCAACGCAAAUGGCGACUACUCGUCGUUCCUGUGGAACCAGCUGGUAUCCGGGGCGCCUGUCGUGCUCGGUCUUGAUGCCUACAGGCCACCCACUGUCAGGAUUAGAGACCAGGUGUUGAAUGCUGCUUUUCGGACGGCAUUAGAGAAGCGCACAGAGCAGUCUGUUCUUUCAUCGUUGGCUGGUACCGUGCAAUCUUCCACUGAAAGCGAUGGCGUUGUCAUCAUACUGGAUCAAGUGCCAGGCUGCGCAUCAUCCCCAUUGCGCCCUAAUGUCAUCCAGGUGCCCUGCAAGUUCGACAAGGUUACCCCGGGAAGUGGCACCACUAGUACAAGCAAGGAAGAAUGGUUGUCUAAGUUGACGACCUUUGAGGAUGCCUGGGACUAUGCAUCGUUGGAGUGUGGGCUGGGCUUCAGCCUGGCUGUCAUUGUCGACUUGGCAGCCCGUGUCAAGGGGCCCUCUUGUGACCUGACUGUGACUGCAGUCACCCCACUGCUGCCAUUGCGCCUGGUGCCACUGUUCCCGAUUCCAGUGCUGAGGAGCGGCGUCCAGGAUACACUGUCCUCGCCGCAUGCUGCAGCACUACCUGACUUUGGGUUCGUCACCUUGUGCGGGGACCACCUUUGCUUUCACUUCAAGCAUCAGAUUGAGGAUGGUGGCUUCAACUUUAUUGGAGUAUGGAUAAGUGGCGUGGCAUCAGUUGAGCAUCCCUUUAUUUGGCUUGUUUGUGCCCAGUUUGCCACAAGCCAGAGACUAGCUUCAAGGCCCAAGGACAUAUUUGUAGUGUGCAUCCUGUCAAGGCAAGCAGCAGCAGCAGUAGACCCUGGGAAAGUACCUGAGGAUGUGCUGUUCUACAAUUGCCUUUGCCAGAGUCAUGCAAACCUUCGCUUCCAGCUAUGGCAGGGAGCGGCCACCACCUCUGUUGCCAGGGUGCCAUCGGCUUCAAAUAAAACAAUUAACAUAACCCUUGAAAAAAUACUUUCUGGAGGUGCAGCUGAGACCUUUCACUCUGCCCUGAAGGAACUUGUGAAAACCCGCACGCCACUGGUGGCCACCCCGGAGCAGAGCAGCACUUCCGUCACUCAGGACUCGUGGGUUCCCACACCGCAGCCUACAAGAAACCAGAACUUCAAUGUGGCUCCAACAGUGCCCGACGUGUCUGACUUAUCAGUGGGCUUAUCGGUGCACUCGAGAUCAGGAAACAUGUCGUAUGGAACACAUGCUGUGACUUGCGAUCCAAGGACAGGUGUCUUGAACGUUGGUUCGCUAGGAGGGUGCUUUGCUCAGUCAUCCGAUGCUGCACAGAACAGUCGGAAUCCUGUAACACCAGCUCAAGGUGGACCAACAACUCCUUUACAAAGCCAUCGUGUUCACGAUUACAAUGUUGCUGUCGCAGAUGCCCAUUUCCGACUGACCCAGCAACAACAUUGUGCACCUCCAGCUUCUGCGACUGAGCAACACCUGGGAGCAGAAUCAGUGCCUGUUGGUGUCUACGAGCUGAUCAGGCGCCAGGACGAGCAGUUGCUGGACCUCAGACUGCAGAUACAACGCCUCCUAUCUCCUGCACAAGAACAAAAUCAAUCAGGGCCACCGGCCUUGUCUCUCCAACCACUGGCUGGUGGGACUGGUAAAACAAAUGUGGAGAAACUGACUUGUAAUGCAGCCACCAUGACAGAAGCCAGCACACAGCUAGUGCACCGAUCUGUUCAAACAGAGAAGACCACAACUGAAGAGUCCUCUGCUGAAAAGGGCUGCACUUUUUGUGGCCGUCGCAAGCAAGGACUGCCUGCAUCAGAAAUCCCGGAGCGUGACACUGAUUACACCAUCUUUUUUCCUGAAAAGUCCCCUCACUUGGCGCAAAAGCUUUCGCAGAAGCCUGGCCCAAGAACAGCACCGAACUUGACUCACAGAGAUACUGCCCGGCAGCCCCCAAGGCCUGCCUUUGCACACAGCAAGACUUCAGAUCUGCUUGUCACACCCACUGUUUCCUUCAGUGAUGAUCUCUCUCUGCUGCCUGGCAGGUUGGAGAGAAGGGGUGUUUCCCAGGGAGUAAUGCCGACGUCCUCUGCCGGGACGUUCAUCCACCCGCGGCUGCAGUACGAAGAGGAGUCGCGGGUGAGCGGUCAGCGACGUGACGAGCUGAGCUUUCAGGUGGACCGCAUUGCGCACAAGUACUGCCCAGAAGGGGCUGGCCUGUCAGCAUCCCCGUUGGCCAAAGGCGGAGUGCCGCUUUCGCAAGAUGCGCAGGCCUAUCUGCGCAACUAUGGACUCGACUCCCGUAGAGCACGGGAGGACACUGCCGGAAGAGUGGACAGCAUGGAGCACAUACUGGACAUUAGCGCUCUCAGGAGACUGCCCAAACUGCUCUGACCUCCGAGAUCGGUGGUUUGUCAAAGCGACACAGGCACACAUGACCAGGCAUGGCUAUGUGUGGGCCUCCUAGGACUCCAAAGAGUGAGAGACCUUGCAAGUUAGUUCCUUGCAUCCGGUGCAAUGUAAAUGUCGCAGUCACAGCAUGCAUGCGUAGAUGAGUCAGUUGUGCAACCAUCUGGCACAGCAGCUUUAGUCUCACUACGCGUCUGCUACAGGAAUUCGCCAUGGCUCCUCAAUUAAGGUGGGGUGAGACUUUGAAAAUGAGUUUCAUAAGUUGGCUGUACAGCAGUGGUAAUAAAAGUUAUGCCUAUACAAUUUGCAAGGAAUCUUAAAGAUAGACAUACUUUGCAUUAGAGCUCAAGAUGUUAAAGAUAGGCGCGGCUUGCAUUAACCUCAAGAUUAGUUGGAAAUUUAAUUUAGUAUUUUUCAUUUUAGUUUACUUUUUCUGUAUAUGUACUUUUUUCUUAGAUCUACUUUUCGCAGAGUAUUGCAAUUUUGUACAAAAGUAGCAACCAACACUUCACAGAAGUGGAACUAAAAUUAUGCAUGUAUAACAAAAACUAGAUUUGUUAUGUUUUUUUUUUCUUUUUUUUACUUUUGUUAAUGCAUGAAUAUUGCCACUUAUGAAUGUUUUUUUUUUUAAUUCCUAUGCUGUAGUCUUUUGAAGUGUCAGCAUUGCUAUACCCUUUCUCUUUGUUUCUUCGGUCCUUUCUUUCCUGUUUCGCUUCAGAUCUCAGUUUGAAAUCACUUAUUUGGACCCGUCGUCUGUCUAUAGAUGUUAGUGUUGACACACAGAGAGGUUCAGGGCUGGCUCCCAAAUGUUUCAACACACUUUCUCGUGCUACAUUUCAAUAUACAGUACCAAUUGCCAUAAAAUUUCUGUUUUGCCAUUAGUCGUCGACUUCUUCCCAUUGUGAGUACAUCUACAGCACAGGUGAACAGCGUCAAAGCUUCAUGUGCAACCAUAAACAAAUGUUUGGUUCAAAACAGAAGAGCAACGUGAGCAGCCCUAGUGGCUGAAAAAUGUACUGCACACAAGACAAAAUUCCAAACUUCAGAGUAUUGACUUUCUGCAAAUAUCCGAAAUGAAGAGACCAUGUCGAGGUACACUAGCUUUUCUUGUGAACACGUCAAAGAAAGGGGAAGAAAAAGAAAAUUUUUGAAACCGCAAAUACCCAAGUGUGAUAUAUUUUCUGAAACAUAAAGAAAUUCUCUAUCAAAUAAUUGCAAAAUCUCGAAAUCGAAUUUUUUGACCAAACAAAGUCUCGCCCCGCCUUAAGACGUAGCUGACUAUGGCAACAACAGCUGCUUGAAAGUCUGGAGCAUUGGGCACUCGAAGAACAGAUGGUUAGUGCCAUUCUUCCUGUUUGCGCUGAUGUGACACAUUUUUGCGUUCAAGCUGUGCCUCUUGAGUUCACUUGCAAAAUGCGACUCUAGCAUGUGCACCACCUUUCACGGCCUUCGGCUAGUUCCAACAACGUAGAUCUCUGCAUCCCUAGCUGCGGUAUUGGUGCUGCUUGUGUCUUCAAGUGCCUUGUUCUACUUGAGUGCUAAAGCUUUUGGAACGUUGAAUUUCACUUUAUCUGCAUGCGGUGCUGUAGUCGCUCGGGCAAGUGUCUGCUGCACCAUGCAAUUCUAGCAGGCAUUUAAUAGUGAAGAACUUUCCCAUCGCUGCUUCUAAAACUUUCGCAUUCAGGUUUCCUCUUGUGUUUGCAUGUUUUCUGCACAUCCACAGCAAUGCAGUCAAUCAUGUGCCAGAUAGCCAGACGUUCAGUUUAGUGCCUGCAUUUGAAUAGAUAUGAAGUUAAUGUAUUUUGGAAAAAGGAAAAUGAUAAUAAAUAGACAAUUCUGCCUUA